UGAGUUAAGCGAAUAUGUUGUUGAAAAUGAGUCAAGUGAAUAUGUUGAAAAUGAGUCAAGCAAAUAUGUUGAAAAUGAGUCAAGCAAAUAUGAUGAAAGUAAGUCAAGUGAAAAAUCAAAUGAAUAUGUUGUUGAAGUGAAUAAUUUUGUUGAAGUAAAUCAAGCGAAUAAUUUUGUUGAAGUAAAUCAAGCGAAUAUUUUUGUUGAAGUGAAUCAAGUGAAUAUUUUUGUUGAAGUGAAUCAAGUGAAUAUUUUUGUUGAA